AUGUCUUUCAUUUAUUUUGUCUUUCUUUCUUUGACUUUCCGACUGAAUUUUUGUCUGUUUUUAUUUUACGAUAAUUUUUCUUUGACUUUUUGUUUGUUUUUCUUAAUGUUUCUUUCUUUCUUCUUUUUCUCUAUCUUUCUGUCUUUCUUCUUUCUUAAAACGGCAUUGAGUGAACUUUCUUUCCACCUUUAUUUUCUUUGCAUCAUUCUUUCUUUACGUCUUUCUUUCUCUUCAUCUUUCUUCUGUCAGCUUUACUGUGCUUUCUUUCCGUCUUUCUUUCUUUUUUACGUCUUUCUUUCUUGCUGUCUUUCAGCCUUUCUUUCUUUCCAUCUUUGUUCUUUUAGCUUUUUGUUCCCAUCUUUCUUUCUUUCAUUUUUCUUUCCGUCUUUCUUUCUUUCUUUCUUUUUCCUUCUAAUGUCUUUUUCUUUCUUAAAAUUCUAUCGAGUGUAUUAUCUUUCAUUUUCUUUCAGCCUUCCUUUCUUCUUUUUCUUUAUCUUUCAGUCUGUCUUUUUCUUUCUUAAAAUGUUGAGCGAGUUAUUUUUCUUUCUUUCUUUAAGCUUUUCCUUCUUUCGUUCGUUCUUUCUUUAUUUCUUUAUUUCUUUCGGCCUUUCUUUUUCCUUAUCUUUCUGUCAAUUUUUUAUUUCUUCAAAUGUCCUCUUUCAAACUUUCUUUUUUUUAUUUUUCUUUAUCUUUCUGUCUGUUUUUUUCUUUCUUAAGAUGUCAUCGAGUGAGUUGCUUGCUUGUUCGUUUGUCUUUUUAUCAUGCUUUCUUUUUCUCUUUUUGUUGCUGUAUUUUGAUUAA